AGCAGAGGGUCUGGACGCCUCCUGAGGAUUUCUACUGAUCUGAUGUGAAGCAUCCCCUUGAAAACGAGAUGGUGAAUCUCAAGGGGGCUUACCUCCAUACACAAAAUGAAUAAAUGAUCUCCCAGCUGAGGAUCACUGACGUCUCAGGAAACCAGAGGGUCCAGCUUCAACCCUGCUGAGCAGGAGGAGAAACUCUUCAAACCCUGGCUGUUGCUGAGAGGAGAGGAUGGCUCAGAGAGGAUCUCAGCUGGAUUCAGACAAGUUUUUUUGCUCCAUCUGUCUGGAUCUCCUGAAGGAUCCGCAGACGGUUCCCCGUGGACACAGCUACUGCAGCAGCUGUAUUAAAGAACACUGGAAUGAAGAGAAGAUCAAGGGAAUCUACAGCUGUCCUCAGUGCAGGAAGGAGUUCACACAGAGACCUGACUUGGAGAAGAACAUCCUGAUAGCAGAGUUAGUGGAGGAUCUGAAGAAGACUGAACUCCAAGCUGCUGCAGCUGAUCUCUGCUCUGCUGGACCUGAAGAUGUGUCCUGUGAUGUUUGCUCUGGGGGGAAGCUGAAAGCCGUCAAGUCCUGUCUGGUCUGUUUGGUCUCUUACUGUGAGGAACACCUCCAACCUCACCAUCAAUCUCCUGCUUUUAAGAAGCACCAGCUGGUGGAGCCCUCCAAGAAGCUCCAGGAGAAGAUCUGCUCUCUUCACGAUGAGGUGAUGAAGAUUUUCUGUCGCACCGAUCAGCAGAGUAUCUGUUACCUCUGCACCAUGGACCAACACAGAGGACAUGAAACAGUCCCAGCUGCAGCAGAGAGGAGGCAGAAGCAGAAGGAGCUGGAGGAGAGUCGACUAAACAUCCAGCGGAGAAUCCAGGAGCGAGAGAAAGAGGUGAAGCUGCUUCAGCAGGAGAUCAGUGAGCUGAAGAGGAAAGACGUCCAGCUGGAGCAGCUGGCUCACACAGAGGACCACACCCAGUUUCUGAUCAGCUACCCCUCAGUGUCAGCACUCAGUGAGCCCACACACUCCUCCAGCAUCCAGACUGCUCCUCUCAGAUACUUUGAGGAUGUGGCAGCAGCUGUGUCAGAGAGCAGAGACACAGGGACUAAAACCUCAGUGAGAACCGCUGAAGAGGAGCUUUUACUGCUUCAACCACAGCCAAAGACCAGAGCAGAGUUCUUACAAUACUCUCAGCAGAUCACACUGGAUCCAGACUCUGUACACAGGUUUAUGUUGUUGUCUGACAGCAACAGAAAAGUAACUUUUACAUCAGAAAAACAGCCUUAUCCUGAUCAUCCAGACAGAUUCACUGAAGAUCUUCAGGUUCUGAGCAGAGAGAGUCUGACUGGACGUCAUUACUUUGAGGUGGAGUGGAGAGGAGAAGGAGUUUUUGUAGCAGUCUCAUACAAGAACAUCAGCAGAGCAGGAAGGAGAAAUGAAUGUGUAUUUGGAUCAAAUGAGAAAUCCUGGGCUCUCCUGUAUGAUAAACAUUUGUCUUUUCGGAACAAAAAUGUUUAUUCUUCAGUCAGUCAUGAUGCGUGGUGCUUAGUCCACAGAGGUAACAACUCAGCUUCUCAGUCCUCCAGAGUGGGAGUGUACCUGGAUCACAGAGCAGGUGUUCUGUCUUUCUACAUCGUCUCUGACAAAAUGACUUACGCCUCCGGCGUCGAGACCACCUUCACUCAGCCGCUACACGCUGGGAUUGGAUUUUGCUUUGCGAAUGAAGGAAACUCUGCAGAGACCCUGAAACCUCAGUAGAGACUCCAUCAGAUCUCCUUGUGUGGUUUUCUAAAGGAUCCUCCACACUUUCUGAGCUGAGACGAUGAGAUUUCUGACAGGAGGAAAACCAACAGAUGGUCGCCCGUCUUCUCAGAGACUUUCUACAUUUUUAAUGGUUUGGAGUCAUUGAAAAAAAGUAGAAAAAUCGAUGAUAGUGAUGAUGUUUGUAAAUCCUGUGAUUUCUUCUUUCUGUGUGGUGCUGAGAUUGUUUAUGAGUCCUGAACGUAACACAGUCAAUCUGCUCGUACUGCAGAAAUCCAGCUGGUGGCGCCACUGCCACUGAAAUUCCAGUCAAUGAAGAGUGUGUGAUGUGAAAAGACAAUAAAAUGAUUCUCUGGGA